AUGUCCAAAAUCCUCGCAGUCUUUGGAGCCACCGGCCAACAAGGAAGUUCCAUCAUCCACAAUAUACUAAACGACGCAUCCCUAUCCCAACAAUACACCAUCCGCGGCAUAACCCGCAACACCACCUCCCCCGCAUCUCAAACCCUCGCCGAGAAAAUCUCCAUGAUCCACGGCGACAUCACCGAUUCCCAUUCGCUCCGCACAGCAUUAACAAACGUGCAUACCGUAUUCAUCAUGACUCCUCCCGAUUUCAGUUCCAACGCUGUAGAAAUCGAAUACCACAACGGUAAAACCAUCGUCGAUGUAGCUAUCGAGAUGGGAGUGCAAUAUAUCAUUUUCAGCACCUUACCUCACGUAUCCGCGCUCUCCCAAGGUAAAUACACCAAAGUGACCGCUUUUGAUGCAAAAGCCAAGAUCGAGCAAUAUAUUCGAAGCCUUCCGAUUAAAAGUUCCUUCAUCUCGCUUGGUUCCUUUAUGCAAAAUUUUCAAGUGCAGACAUUUCUUGCUCCGCGAGCGGCGGCUGAUGAAUCAUGGGUGAUAUCUCGACAUACCAGUUCGAAAAUGCCAUUUCCUCUACUCGACGCAGUAGGUGACGCAGGGAAAUUCGUGGGUGCUAUUCUCGCUUCGCCGGAUAAGUAUCAAGGGGAAACUUUCUGUGCCGCUGCGAAAAUUUACACACUGGAAGAAAUUAUCGCUGCGUUGUCGAAAUCGAGUGGAAGAACUAUCGUUUAUGAACAAGUCAGCGCGGAGACUUUCAAGAGCAGUAUACCUUUUGCUGCGGAUAUGUUUGCAGAGUAUUUUAGCUUCUGUGAGGAAUUUGGAUAUUGGGGUCCAGGAUCCGAGGAGAAGGUUAUGUGGGCUAUAGAGAAUGCGCGUGGGAAAUUAGCGACGUUGGAGGAGUUUUUGGAAGCGCAUCCUUAUCAACUUGCAUGA